AUGCAUACACUCUCGUUUUUGGGGCGGGUUGCCGCCUUGGGACUGAUGAGUGGCGCUUUGGCUGCUCCUGGUGCCAAGGUGUGCGACCCGGCUGAUGGACCCGCGGUAGUUGUACUGCAGCCCGUCGAGAUCGUCUGCGGUGGAAAGACAACAACUUCGACGCUCACUCGGACUUACACCGACUAUCCGUUGCCUCAGGCUUCGGGUCAUCCUGGGCAUCCCGAUAUUCCCGGACAGCCUGCCCCUGGACAGUCUUAUGCUCCUGGUAACUCUGCUCCUGGACAGCCUUAUGUCGCUGGCCAGCCCGACGUCACUGGAAUGCCUAACAUCCCCGGUCACCCUGGGUACCCUCCUUGUGAUGGUUGUGUUACAGUCACAACUACUGUUUCUUCUGCCUUUUAUACUACGGUUCCUGGUUCCAAGGGAGGACCCUCAACGGUCAUUAUUGGCCAGCUUCCUCCUUGUACUGAUUGUGUCACUAUCACCAAGAGUGGUCCCAGUGCAUAUCCCAGUAUGGUUCCUCCUGCUUCCCAGGGUGGCAAAACUACUGUAGUCGUUUGCCCAGGACCUCCUCAAUGUACCGACUGUGUCACUGUCACCAAGCAAGGCCCCACUGCGUAUGUCACUACCGUUCCCCCAGCCUCAAAAGGUGGAAUAUCAACGGUAUUCACCUGCCCUGGGCCUAGAACCAUCACAGUGACUGGCAGGGUCACAGCCACCACUGUCGUACCUCCUCCUUCUGACUGCAACUAUUGCACGGCGACCGUUGUCGUUCCUCCAGCCGUUUUCACAACCCUCACGUCUACAGCUACGACAACUGGCGUCACCACUCUUCCCGCUACCAGCGGCGGCACAACCACAGUAGUCACUUAUGUCACAGUUCCAACUGGAGGACUGACGACCCGAACUUCCACUGCCUCAACUACUGGUCUUACCACUCUCCCUGCGACUAGCGGUGGUACUACUACUAUAAUCACUGAUGUGACCCUGCCGCCAAACACCAAUUCUGGCACUAUCACAACAGAAACAGAGAUAUGCACUGAUGGAUGUAGUGGAACUAUAACUCGCACUCACUCUGGAGCGUGCUCUGGAACCUGCACUGAUACUGUCAUUCUGCCGCCGUCCACGAGCGCUUCUGUCACUCUAGAGCCUGUUCUGGAACUUGCACUGAUACUGUUAUUGUACCGCCGCCAACAACCUCCUUGA